UCACCUUAUUUCUCACCACCUCCAACUUCCCUCUCAAACACUUAUCCCUUCUAAACUAAUAAUUAUAAUAACAAUAACUGUAUGGGCUGCACUUGUGAUAGUUGGCCUGAACCUGUAGUCCGGGUUCAAUCCUUAUCCGAAUGCGGUACCCAAGUAAUUCCCGAAAGAUACAUCAAGCCACCAAAAGAUCGCCCGUCUUUAAACUCAUCAUCAUCAUCAUCAUCAUCUUCUAAUAAUAAUUUGGACAUCAACAUACCUUUGAUCGACCUAGCUGGACUCACAAACAAUGAUCUUACGGUCCGUGAAGCAACGAUUAAGGAAAUCUCAAUGGCAUGUCGGGAUUGGGGGUUCUUCCAGGUGAUCAAUCAUGGUUUGAGUGGGGAAUUAGUUGAUGGCGCACGGGAGAUUUGGCGCGAGUUUUUUCACGAGUCAAUGGAGGUGAAACAAAAGUAUGCAAAUUCCCCGAAAACAUAUGAAGGUUAUGGAAGCAGAUUAGGCCUACAAAAGGGAGCAAUACUUGAUUGGAGUGAUUACUAUUUUCUUCAUUAUCUUCCUUCUUGUUUAAAGGAUCAUAACAAAUGGCCUGACAAACCACCUUCUUUGAGGGAUAUUGUGGAAGAUUACUCAAAGGAGAUAGUGCGAUUAGGGAGGGUUUUAUUAGAGGUGUUUUCCGUCGACCUUGGAUUGAAACAAGAUUACCUUCAAAAAGCAUUUGGUGGAGAGGAUAUUGGGGCUUGUUUGAGGGUAAACUUUUAUCCGAAAUGCCCACAACCCGACUUAACCUUAGGUCUUUCGUCUCAUUCUGAUCCUGGUGGCAUCACCUUUCUCUUACCUGAUGAGAACGUUAGCGGGCUUCAAGUCCUACGCGGCCAACAAUGGGUCACUGUUAAACCAGCCCGACACGCGAUCAUCGUCAAUAUAGGAGAUCAAAUUCAGGUAAUAAGCAAUGCUACGUACAAAAGUGUAGAACACAGGGUGAUAGUGAAUCCAGACAAAGAGAGGGUGUCAUUGGCCUAUUUCUAUAAUCCAAAGAGCGAUUUGCUUAUUCAUCCGGCACCGGAGUUGGUGACGCCUGAAAGGCCGUCUCAAUAUCCAUCCAUGACUUUUGAUGAAUAUAGGCUUUUCAUACGGACUAGAGGUCCGCAAGGAAAAGCCCAAGUUGAAUCUUUAAAAUCACCAAGUUAAUCAAUAUAUAUGAUCGAUAGCUUAUCAAGCUUUAUAUAUAAAUAUAUAUAUAUAUAUAUAUUAUAUCCAUUUUUGUAUAUAUAUGCAUGUAUGUGUAGUGAUGAUAAUAUGAUAUUAGCUUAUGCAUGCUCAAUAGAUCAUGCAUGUGAGAUAUCACUUUAAUUAAA